CAAUUGCCUGUCAUUCUAAUUCAAUUACUGAUAUAUUUAAAUACAAUAUCAUUAAUCCAAGCUAUCGAUAACUCAAUCUGGAGAAUCUAAAGAUGUUAAGCAACUCAAUCUCUUCUCCCACUCUCAUCCUCCCCACCACCCGACAACACCCCCAAUUAUCCGGAUUUGGGCGCCGGAGAGUAGUACUAACACGCGCCGGGCCGAGCACCACCAGCUACAUAUUUGCCUUCGUUUUCCCAUUAUCUCUUCUGGCAGGUACAGCCAUCACCUCUAUUAGAAUUGCCGACAAGCUCGACCAGAAGUUUCUCGAAGAGCUUGCAAUAAACCAAGCAAUACUUGAAGCAGAAGAUGGUGAAGAGAAGGAAGAUGAUGUCCAUGUCUCUUCUGAAGAGGAAGAAGUGAAGCCAGUUCGCAGGCGCAAUCGCCCCACACGACAAAUAGAGCAGUCAUCCGUAUAAUGGGCCGUGGGAGCAGGCACAAGAUAUGUGAACCCUUUGUUGUUGCUAGCCUUGUUCUUGUAAUUGCUCUUAUUUGUUUGUAUGUUACACUCACAGAUCUCCAUGUAAGUUAUGCAGCUAUUAUACAGAGAGAAGCAAAUUUGGAACUUA